GGACUGUGUAGUCUGGUCUUCAUUCCGAAUCAGCAAAAAUAAACGCAAUGCCUUCGAAAACUACACGCCGCAAAGAUAAAGCUGUGAAAACAACAAAAGCAGCAAUGUUGUUUGCCAAAAUUGCAAGGAGCAAACCUGCUAUUGGAAGAGGAAAGCCGUGCGCACGGAAGGAUGACUCGAACAUUCGCGACACAAAAAGGAAGCAAACAAGUGUACCAGUAAGUGCAGUGACAUUGCUUCCAAAAGCUCAUGACGCAGGAGCCGUAGUCGAAUCCGCCACUAGUGAUUGUGGAUUACGCAGAUCUUUCGCUUCAGUCGAAGAUAGCAAGAGCAGCAACCUGGAGAAAAAAUUCAAGCAAGAACCUACAGAUGUGAACUCUCUCGUGUCUAGCACUACCAGCUUGCUAUCCAACAACCUAUCUGGUGAAUCUGUAACGGCAACCGAGAUCUUGAAUGUACUGGAAAGGAUUGAAAAUAAAGUGGAUGACAUGGCUCGACAACAGGAGAAAUGUUUACUUUUGGUGGCACAAGCGAAUGCCAAGGUUGACGCUUUAGCAUCUACUUCCAUCGGAAAAGCAACGGUUGAUGAACCAAGAAAACUUUACCAGUUGAAGCUAACUCCUGUCAAAAGUUUCGCAGAUCUGGAAGCUGUUGAGGAGCAAUGCAAGGAUGAUGAAUUUGUCGACGAAGUCCUUCGUUCGAUUGGAUCAAUCCAUGGGAAAAACCGUUUCAAGGGGAACGGAGGUACUGUUGGACACCAGGUGAUCGAUUAUUUUGUUGAUCGCAGAUUUCUCCGUCAGUGCUCCUGGACCGGCAUAAGCAAGACGUUCGACGAAAAUCAGCAUUUGGUGCGGAAAGUUUCAUUUUCGAAGUACGAGAGGUACAUUAACUUGAUCUAUUCAGUAAUCCGCAAUGCUGAUGAGGAUUACACAAUGGAAAAAUGCCAUAAGUUCCUAAAACAAUGCCUCCGAAAUUCUAAACAGCGUUUGGAUGAAACAAAAAUGGUGAGAUUGCCUGCUGCCAGGAACAGGUCUAAAAAGAACCGGAAGGAAUAUACUGAGGAAAUACUUGAUGGAAAUGAACCGAUCGAGGAAGGUACAGAUCCAGAUCCAAAUAUGAGUAACAUUAUCAUUGAAGAAGAAGAAGAUCCGAUCGAAGAGAUAAUAAUGGAGGAAUACCUUUCAGAAAGUAGUUAAAUUUAAUGGUUUUGGUGAGUGAAUGAAUUGUCAUCUCUUUUGUUUAUGAAUUAUACCAAACAAAUG